CUACACAUAUUCUUGACCAGAUUUAUCUCUCUUAUAGAAAAUCGCUCAGACGACGUCAAGUCACACAUUCCGACAAAAAUGGUUGCUCGGAAAUUCUCCGUUCGCCACCACGAGUCCUCCUUCGACGUCGACUACGACACAGAUGACGGCGUCGAAGUUUUCAAAUUCCAGCUAUUCUCUCUCACUUCUAUCCCUCCCGACCAGCUCAAGAUUGUUAGUGAUGAUGACCAUCAACGGCCUGUGUCAGACGACUCUGAUCUUCUCUCAAUUUGUGAUGAUCUCAAGUUAGUGUCGAUUGAAGAGGAACUGGUUAGUAACAGUGCUAAAGAGCAGGAAGAAUUGCUGAAGUCCGAUGAGGAAUUGGCGCGAAUGUUGCAGGCUGAGGAGGAAGCUCUUUUGUUACAACAGUAUGUUGUGGAUGAUGAUGGUGGGGAUUUCGAAAAUAGGUUACGGCCUUAUAUUACUCAAGUUCUCAUGUAUGAGGACCCAAUACGGCAAGACGCGGCUAGAAAGAUUGUUCCAGUAGAAGAGCUUGAGGAAAAAUCAUUUGUUGCUUUGGCAAAGGAGGGGAACUUUGAACCAUCAAUAAUUGAACAACGUCAUGCUUUCCUGCUACAGCUGCUUUUCUGGUUCAAACAAUCCUUCAGGUGGGUCGAUGCACCUCCCUGUGAUGGUUGUGGCAAUGAAACUACAGCUAUAGGUAUGGGUGCUGCACUUCCUGCAGAGAUCCAAUAUGGAGCACAUCGUGUUGAACUCUAUAGCUGCAAGUUUUGCUCAAGGAUUACUCGUUUUCCGCGGUAUAAUGACCCUCUAAAGCUUGUAGAAACAAGAAAGGGGCGUUGUGGGGAGUGGGCCAAUUGCUUUACACUUUAUUGCCGAGCUUUUGGCUAUGAAUGUCGCCUGAUCCUGGAUUUUACAGAUCAUGUCUGGACAGAGUGCUUCUCGCAGUCUUUGGGAAGAUGGAUGCAUCUUGAUCCUUGCGAAGGAAUAUAUGACAGGCCAUUGUUAUAUGAAAAGGGGUGGGACAAGAAAUUGAAUUAUGUCAUUGCUAUUGCAAAAGAUGGAGUUUAUGAUGUCACUAAACGUUACACCAGGAAAUGGCAUGAGGUUCUUUCUCGACGGAAUAUUGCCAGAGAGGAAACAGUGUCUUCUGUUCUUACUAAGUUGACACGAGAAUGUAGAAGAAACUUUGCAUCUGAGGUUCUUUGUGCUCUUGAAGACCGUGACAAAUCUGAAAUGGAAGCACUUGAAAGAUUUUUGCAUUCUGCAGAUGAUAGUUCUGUCUCUUUACCUGGAAGACAAAGUGGGAACAAGGAAUGGCGCAUUUUAAGAUCAGAGAUUGGUGCUGAUGACAAUUGCUCUUUGAGUUGCUCUUCUUGCCCAGUUCGAGUGUGCAUAGAUGAGCAUGUGACAAUAAUUUAUAAUGCUUUUUCUCCUGUCCUUUCUCAAAUUGUUGAGAAUGAUAUUUCUAAAUCAAGAGCAAUCGAAGUACUCACGAGUUUUAAAGGAAUACUGGUGGAUCUUAGGAAGGCACCCUAUAAAACAAGGAGAGUUUCCUUGAAUACCAAUUGUAAUGAUGGACUGAAGGUUCUGCGUCAGUUGGUGCCCUCUCUUGGGCAGUUAUUUGAAGCUCUUUUUUUGAAGUGUAAGUUGGAUGCUGAUGGAAGGCUUGACAUAGGCUUGGCUGGUGACCCUGUUAAAACCUCUUUAUCACUAUCUGUUGUGUUGGAUGCUUUGGAUGAUAUGAUCCAUGAUCUUAACAGUUGCAAUAACUUAAAUAGAGAUUCUCUUUCUCUGCCACUUUUGAAGUUAAACCGAAUUCAUUCUGGUUCAGUCUUAGCAAGCGGAGAGGAGAUUCCUUUUGGGAUUGCCAUAUCAGCUUUUGAUGGAACUCGGUCAUCUAAAUGGGAAGAACCAAAUGGUGCUAAAGGUUGUUGGAUAAUAUAUAAACUAGCAGACAACCAGAAGCUCGAACUUGUGGCAUAUGAGUUGAUGUCGGCCAAUGAUGUUCCAGAGAGGGAUCCAAUGAAUUGGGUUCUUCAGGCAAGUGGUGAUGGGGGAUCUAGCUGGCGUCUUCUGGAUAAACAAACUUCUCAGAUGUUUGAAAAUCGUUUCCAGCGUAAAACAUUUAAGAUUAAAUCAACUGGUUUUCUAUCAAAUGCUUUCAGGUUUAGGUUUCUAGCAGUUCGAGACACGUCAAAUCCUCGAUUUCAAAUAGGUAGCAUUGAUCUGUAUGCAAGCAGCAGUUAACAUGUAUAUGUAAAUCACCAGCUAAAGUGAAACUUGAGGCGUCACAUGGAUUUAAUUUAACCCUUUUCAUAUGUUAUUUCAUCAGUAUCUUAAUUUACUGAGCCUAAUCCAUGAAUCUGGCUUCUUGGUUGUGGGUGAUAUCCUCUUCUAAGAUUUCUUUCCCAGCGGGUUGCCACUUGCCAGUACAAAGAAAUUAUACGGAAAUAACUGGUGUUUCAUAUAUUCUAUAUUUAAACUUUAGUUGUUGUA